GGCCCGGAACCCGCCAUGGCGGCGGGGACUGGAAUGGUGCGGGUGCGGCGGGGGUUGUACCUGGGCGGUGCGGAGGCGGGCGCGGCGCCGGGGGCUCUGGAAGCGGCGGGGGUGGUGGCUCUGCUCUCGGUGGAUGUGGAGGAGCCGGCGCCGCCGCCCCCGGGCGUCCGGACGCUGCACGUGGCGGCCCGCGACGAGCCCGGCGCCGACCUGCUGAGCCACCUGGAUGCCUGCGCCGCCUUCCUCGCCGCCGCCCAGGCCACCGGCCGCGCCGCCCUCGUGCGCUGCCACGCGGGGCGGAGCCGCAGCGCGGCGGUGGUGGCUGCCUACCUGAUGAAAAGCGAGGGGCUGCGCUUCCCCGAGGCCUACGCCGCAGUCCGCGCCGUCAGGCCCGAAGCUAGGAUGAACGCAGGCUUCGCGCGGCAGCUGGAGCUGUACGAGGCCAUGGGGUGCCGGGUGGAUGCGACCAGCGGGCUGUACAAGUGCUACCGCCUGCAGCGCCUGGCCCAGGAGCACCCCGAGCUGCAGGACUUGCCCCAAGAAGUCUUUGCAAUUGAUCCAACCAACACUUGUCCAGCUUCAAACAAUGAGGCUCUCUAUAGGUGCAGAAAGUGCAGGCGGUCCCUAUUUCGUAGUUCAAGCAUUCUGACCCAUGCUGAAGGAAGUGGGCCAGCAGCUUUUGCUCACAAGAGAAUUAAAGAUUCUGCUCAGCGACAUAAUGAUGGUCAGGAUAAAUGUACUUCUUACUUCAUUGAGCCGGUACAGUGGAUGGAGCCAGCAUUGUUGGGAAUGAUGGAAGGGCAGCUUCUGUGCCCUAAAUGCACAUUGAAGUUGGGCUCCUUCAAUUGGCAUGGAGAGCAGUGUUCUUGUGGCCGCUGGGUGACUCCUGCCUUCCAGAUUCACAAAAGUCGAGUAGAUGGAAUACAAGCACUGCCUGUUGGUGGAUUCCAGACUGUCAAAACUUGAAUUCUUGGCUCUGAGGCUUGCUGCUGUCAGCGACCUCAAUGUGCUUUGAGAACAGAGGACUGUUACAGUGGGAUCACCCUCAGCAUCAAGUUGUGAUUGCUGCUCUUUGGCAAAAGCUGAUUUCACCCUCCUGGGAUGCAACUGAAUGACUUUUAACAUUGGCUUAUUGCCAUUCUAGAUCCUUCUUUUUUCUGUUGUUGUUAAAUUCAUGAGAAGAUGCUGGAGCAGUUUUUUAAAUGGACAGUGUCUUGUCAAACAUCAAUUUUUGAUUUAUUCUUCAGUGUUCAAGUAUAUAUGUUCUUAUUGUCUCUGUUAGAAAAAUUAAACUUGUUUACACAGGA